AUGCUGGUCCUCGUCGUCGGCAUCACAGGAAACGUGGGUUCCAAGCUAAUCACGCCCCUCAAGAAGCGUGGAGCCCAAGUGCGCGGGCUGGCCAGGAACAAAGCCAAGCUCGCCCCGGACAAGGUGCAGGCUCUGGAGAGCUUCCACGGGAUGGAGGCGUGGUACGACGUGCCGGCCAUCAAGAAGGCCCUGGUGGAUGUGGACGCCGUCAUCUGCGCGUACGGGCCGGUGCCGGAACUCGUCCUGGAUGCGCAGUUGCUGCUCGUGCGAUUGAUGGAGGAGCAGGGCAUAACACGAUUUGUCCCGUCCGCUUGGAACCUGGACUGGUCGAGCCUGUCAUUCGGGGACAUCGUAUACUACGAUCUCUUCCUGGCAUUCAAGCGCCAACUCGCCAUGUCUUCCCGCAUCGAGCCCAUGUACAUCUUCGUUGGCUUCUUGGCAGAGACUUUCUUCUCCCUUCCCAGCCACGGUGUAUUCGACCCCAGCACACAUGGAGUCUGGGACCCAGCGGCCGGCAGCCCGCGCGCAGAGUACUGGGGCACGGGCGACGAAAAGUGGCAGAUCACAACGGAGCAAGACGCGGCCGACUUCACCGCCGCCUUGGUCUGUGACCAGUUUCGCGAAGGUGCAGUGUACAGAUACUGUUCCUGGGAGUACAGCAUCAAGCAGAUCGCCGCGAUAUAUCAGGAGGAAAAGGGAAUCCCGGUCGAGCUGAACCGUCUGGGCUCCUUACAAGAUCUCACCGUGACGGCUGAGAAAAGUCAGCAGGAGCUCGGUCUGGCCAGGUUUUGGGAGUGGAUGGGCUAUACCUACCAGAUCUGCCAACUCGGUGGCAAAACCAUGAUGAAGGCAUUGGACCACAAGCUGUAUCCAGAUCUCAAGCAUACCACACUGCAAGACUUUCUGAAGCAGCAUCCGGAGAUAUAA